UUUAGUUUAUCCUGAUUGCUUUCUUCUCCCUAACGUGUUGCACCUGUGUCUUAUUGUCUCGUCUAUUUAGUCCUCGUCUUCCCGGUCACGUUUGUUUUGUUGCGUUUGUAGUGUACCUGUUGUUUGUUUCAUGCCAUGCCAGUUUUGUCUUGUCUUGCCAUGUUUUGUGUCGCCACAGUUUUUCCUUGAUCCUUGUGCCACAGUAACUGUAUGCUAUUGAGUUUUUGUUGUUUUUAAAAAGAUUAUUAUUUUGGACUCCUGCCUGCCUGCCUGCCUCUCUCUGUGACUCUGCAUCAGGGUUCAGCUCUGCGUCAGGUCGACGCUUGUGACGGGUUCAGGUCUUCUCCAGUACAGAAUGAUGUUCAUUCUGUAAGUUACACUCCCAUUUAGAGUGAAACAGACCACACAGCAGGAGCUUUAGGGCAGGAUUAAUAUCAACUUUAUGAAAACCAGAGGUAUGUUAGUUUGGUACAUUUAGUUCUUAUCCCAGCAACAUGUCUCUGAUAGAUGUCAUAUUGUGUUCUUGACUUUAUUAUCAGGAGGUGGACGAGUUGGCGGUGGGGGGUGACUCUUUGUCACGAGCAUCUGAUCAGCAGAUACUAAAGGAUCGGGUUGAUUGGGACAAAUAAUCGUCUGUCAACACAGUGGUCACAUUUAGUCUGUAGUGUGGAGUGCUACAUGUUCAUCCACCACGCCGACCGACACGCCUCCUGACAUCAAGGACGUACUCUGUCCUGCAUUGGCACUCAUGGCUCGGUGGUUGGGAACCACUGAGGGCGGAUUACUAGAAUCCUGCUGAGGGUAACACGAUUUGUGCAGUCCAGCAGAGCCUCAGCUGACCUCCGUUAGCUCGUCGCCGCCUCUCAGUAAAACCCUUCAAACAGGAAUGUUCACAGUCAACAGGUACAGGAGCGAAACCCGUGCUGGCCUCGGGGGUGGCGCUGAACGCCGCCGGCUGUGGAAACCAGGACACUUAUCAAGCUGUUUUGAUUUUUCAGAAGAAAAGCUGGAGGGAUAAAGGAGGCGUCUCUGGUUCCAGCGCGAUCCAGUGCGACUCUGCGAUGAGGCUUCAGGAAGCACCGAGGGGGGGCACGGCCUUCCCAAGCAUGCCGAGACCCGGAGCUGGCCUGCUGCCUGCUGCUUUGUGAGGUCACGUCGCAGGCAGAAGGCCCAGUUCUCCUCCAGCAGGACAAUGAAGACGCUCUUCCCCUCCCCCCCUCAUCCUCAGCCUUUGUCUGAGGCAGCAGCAGGUGAGAUGGAGCCUGAAAGAAGUUUUGUUUGGGGCGAGGUUUAUAAAUGGAUCAAAGCCUCCUCGUUCUUGACCGUCUGCGGAUUCUUCUCCAGAUGAAGCUGCACAACUCCGUCGGAGCGAUGUUGUUGAGGCUGCUCGGACUCCUCGUCCUCUCCUCCCUCUGCUCAGCCGUUAUGCGACGAUACACCACCAUGGAGUCCAGCCAAGAGGACGGCUCCACUUCGGACCCCAACACGUACUGGUCCACCUCAGACAAUGGGGAGACAUCACCUGUCGACCACAACGGCUCCCCUCUGGUGUCCCCCCCAGGAAAUAGAGACAACAUGACUGACGGCUCCAACAUCCUCAAGCUGCGGAUGCUCGGGGCCACCGACCCGGCAAUGCCCCCCAUUCCUGAUACGACAAUCUGUGACAUGUUGUUGAACGCAGCGGUACCACCACCUAUUGAUCAGAUUCCUAUUUUCUGCCUGUGUUCACACUGUAAAGGGACUGCAGGGCCCAAAGGAGACCGUGGAGACCGGGGCCCCCCAGGAGAACCUGGGAGUCCUGGGAGAAGAGGAAUGACGGGGUUCAAAGGCCGUCCAGGAUUCACAGGCCCUCAGGGCAUCAAAGGUCAGAAGGGAGACCUGGGAGAGAAAGGGCAGGCUGGAGCUCUCGGUUUCCCCGGGAUGAAGGGCGAGCGAGGCUUCAAAGGAGAAAAAGGAGACAGAGGACUACUAGGCCCCCCAGGAGCACAGGGCCCUCAGGGGGAAACCGGCACAUGCCCUGCUUCCUGUGACAGUGUCCAGGGUCCACCGGGUCCUCAAGGAACCCCUGGAGCAGCGGGAGCUCGGGGCCUGCCUGGGGUCCAGGGACCUAUGGGACCCAAAGGUUUUAAGGGCGAUAAGGGUGACCUGGGUAGACCCGGCAUGCCUGGGCUGAACGGCCAGAAGGGUGAUCAAGGUGAACAGGGGGUGUGUGAGUGCACAGAUGGAGCGGACGGCAGUGAUGGGAAGCCAGGAGAAAAGGGGGCUAAAGGGGACAAAGGGGACACUGGUGCCCAGGGUGUACUGGGCCCCAUGGGGCUACAAGGGAACAAGGGGGAUAUGGGUGUUAAUGGGCCACCUGGGCCCUGCUCCCCGGCCAUCCAAUCGGCAUUCUCCGCAUGUAUUAACCAGUCCUUUCCAGUUCAAAAUUUACCAGUUCCUUUCCCACAUGUCCUUACCAACCAGCAGGGUCAUUUCAACCCGGUCCGGGGCAUCUACACAGCCCCCGUCAAUGGAACUUAUGUCUUCAGCUUCCACCUGGCGGUCGCCGACAAGUCUCUUAAGGUCGGCCUGUUCCACAACUUCUACCCUGUAGUUAGAACAACAGAAGGAACUGACCAGUCCACCACCAGCCAGACUGUUGUCCUCCACCUGAGCAUGGGAGACCGGCUGUGGCUGCAAGUGAAGGACAGCACCACCAAUGGCAUGUACACCGACAGCGAGAGCAGCAGCACGUUCUCUGGGUAUCUUCUGCACCCCGACUCCUGCGAAUUACCUGCAGGACGACAGUUCUGGCACAUGUUGCCAACAGAUGAUACGGCCGUUUAUAACUGGGAUGGUCCCACCACCACCACCACCACCCCUACCACCACUACACCUUCACCUUAGCAGGUUCCGGUCAGCCAGCUGCAGUUGUCAUAGACGAAAACAGCCACUAACUCACAAUCAAACACUUAGUGUAUUUAUAACUGCAAGUUUUAAAGGAGGGAUAUUCUAGAAAAGCAGAAUUUUUGAGACAAAGAUUUCUGUCAGAGAAGUUGCUGUGGCACUUUACAGGUCAUGUAGCUGGUACUCCUCGCUGUCCAUAUCUAAUGAAAUAGAAUAUUUUCAACAAAUCAAUCAGAACUGCACCUAAAUGUGAUGUCACACAGGAAUCGAGCGAUGAUAUUCUGUAUUCGUCCCCUCCCAUUCACGGACAGAACCCGGGUCACAUGUUAAGAGGUGGGUCUCGCAGAACUGAUAGCCAAUAGGAGUGUUGUUGUUACACUGAAAAAAACAAAACGAAAACAACUGUUGAACUGUUGGAUGAAUUACGAUGACAUUUAGCUCAGACAUUCAUGUUCUCCUCAGGAAUUCUGAUUACUUGGGUGAUCCUCUGACUUUUCAUUUGUCGCCAUCAUCAGGUCAGAAUUUUUUACUAAUUUUGUGUGUGUGUGUGUGUGUGUUUUUAUUGGAAAUCAAAUUCUAUAAACCUAACAACAACUUUUGUUGUUGAAAUUAAGCAGGCAGGGAAAUACCCCCCCUUAAAUGUGGAGAAAAAUUUGCUCAUUGAAACAUGAAAAUGCUUGUAGGCUCAUGUGCCAGCUCCACAAAUAAUUCUGAUUAUGCACUUAAUAAACGGUUAGAUCACCGAGCAGGCUGCGCACUUUAAAUUGUUCUUACUGCAGCUUAGUUUUAGAGCUUUUAUUGUUUUGCUUUUUUUAGAUGUUGAUGAUUGAUGAAGUUUGAUAUUUGAGAAAAAAAAAAGUCUAUUCUGUUAAACUGCAAGCGUGCAAGAGUUCUCCACCAGUGUCAUUUUAUUUCAGACAAAAGCACUUUCUCUUUCUUUUUGGAGGUGAUUCUUUAGAAAUUUGAGUUUUGUUUUUGUGAUGGUGGCGGUGGAAAGAGGCAGGGGAUCGGCGCCGCUGCAGACAUCACUCAGCCUUGAUGUCAUGUGCAUGUGCUGCCAGGUGUGGUCGCCCCCAGAAGAUCAGUGGUCCUCGCAUCAAAAACAGAUUUUGUGGAAUCUCUCUUGACUAUUUUGGAAGAAAGUUUUCAUCCCAGAUGACCUGAUCUGAGGUCCGGUGCAGACGCUGACCCAAGAGGCCUGAGGGUGGUUAACUGCAGCUGGUUUUCACCCUAAAUUGGUUCUGUCCUAAUCUGACCACCACAUCUGCCUCACUGUGCCAGAAAAGACCCAACUGUGCCGACGCUUUUAAAUACCGUGAAUAAUGCUCAUGUUAUAGAACCACAUUUCCUCUAAAACCCUUACAAAUACAACACAGAAUAAGAGCAGGUUUGUUCCCUUAUUUUUGAUUUUAAUGCAAGCAGGUAGACAGAAACACAUCGAGUGCUUGUACAUCAUCAAAGCAGUUUUGAUUCAAAUUUGUACUUUCUUCAAACACAGUGCUGAUUUCUAAAAUUGUAUUUCUUGAUAAAAAGUGUCCACUAAUCAGCACCGUGCACUACAGUGAAACCAGAAUGAAUUUGUGGAGGUUCGAUUAAUUGAGGAAGUUUAAAUGUUGAAGGAGCAGGCGAGCUGGUAGGAAAGUACGAUGUGAAGGAAACGAGAUGAAGAAACGAAGGAAGGCUCGAGAUGAGGCGAUGAGGCAAUGAGGCGAUGAGGCAAUGAGGCGAUGAGGUGUGUCCAGGUGGCGGCUGUUUACAGAGCUCUGAGUGUGAUGUGUUAAUGUGUUGUUAAUGAGGUUUGGCGAAGUAAAAAAUAUAAAAUCUCUAAUAUGAAUAUAAUCAUCUUGAGAGUCAUUUGGUAUAAAUUUCAGUACAAAAAUCUUGUUUUGAAAGAGGCUGCACAGAGAUCAAGAGGAAUUAUUUAUAUUUUUUUAAAUUUUAUGAAAAGUUAGUCUUGAAGUGACAUUUGAUUAGGCACAUCUCUAAAACAUACAAACAACCUGAACUUGUUUGAUAACUAAUCAUUAAUAAAACUUCUGGACAAGUGAUUGAACAGUACAGAUGGUGAUCGGUCUCGUGUCUCACUCUGCUGUGUCUGUGCAUUCAAAUUAAAAAUUAUCUUCUGAG